UCCCUGCUUUCAUCCGCGCCACAUUACACCGUUUGUUCCGCGUCUCCGCCGCGCUGUGAUCUCAGACGGAGAAGGAGAGACGCGAAUGCGAUGAGACACAGCAACAGCGAGCAGAAGAGCAGAGAAAGCGCGACGGAGGGAGAGGGAGAGGGAGAGGGGGAAGGGCUUGGAAGCGACCGGGCAUUUUUCCUGUGAGCGGAAGGAGACGGACGGCAAGAGGCUGCGGUCACACUGAGGCACAGAAACAAUCAAAUCGAUGAAACACCGCGGCGGAGACUCAGCGCGAGGAAUCCGGGGCGAUGCGAGCGAAGCGGCGCGGCUGAGCGUUGAAGAUGGGUGCCGUGCUACUGAGCCUCUUACUGUGUGCUUUGUGUUUGCAGAUACGCGGUACAUGUAUUGGACGGAUUGGGGUGAGGUCCCGAAGAUCGAGCGCGCUGGGAUGGACGGGACGCAUCGCUCGGUCCUCAUCGACUCUGAGAUAUACUGGCCCAACGGCCUGACGCUCGACUACGAGCUGCAGAAACUCUACUGGGCCGACGCCAAGUUCAGCUUCAUCCACCGCUGCAACCUGGACGGCUCGGGCAGGGAGGUGGUGGUGAAGGGCUCUCUGCCGCACCCGUUCGCGCUGACGCUAUACGAGGACACGCUCUUCUGGACGGACUGGAACACACACUCCAUCCACGCCUGCCUCAAACACACGGGAGAGAACAGCCACGAGAUCCACACCAACAUCUUCUCACCCAUGGACAUACACGUCUACAGCCAGAAGCGGCAGCCGCUGGAGGUGACGAGUCCCUGUGCGCUGAAGAACGGAGGAUGUUCUCAUCUAUGUCUGCUGUCUCCGGUCAAACCUUAUUACCAGUGUGCCUGUCCGACCGGUGUCCAGUUACUGGACGACAACAAGACCUGCAGAAACGGUGCCACUCAGCUGCUGCUUCUGGCGCGGCGCACAGACCUGCGGCGGAUCUCUCUGGACACGCCAGACUUUACCGACAUCGUGCUGCAGACCGACGACAUCCGGCACGCCAUCGCCAUCGACUUCGACCCGGUGGAGGGACACAUCUACUGGACGGACGACGAGGUGCAGGCCAUCCGCAGGUCCCGCCUGGACGGGAGCGAGGCUCAGUUCGUGGUGACCUCGCAGGUGAAUCAUCCGGACGGGAUCGCCGUGGACUGGAUCGCACGGAACCUGUACUGGACCGACACCGGCACGGACCGGAUCGAGGUGACGCGGCUGAACGGAAGCAUGAGGAAGAUCCUGAUCUCGGAGGAGCUGGACGAGCCGAGGGCCAUCGUGCUGGACCCCGCCGCCGGGUACAUGUACUGGACAGACUGGGGUGAAGUGCCGAAGAUCGAGCGGGCGGCUCUGGACGGCACGGAGCGGCUGGUGCUGGUCAACACGUCUCUGGGCUGGCCCAACGGACUGGCGCUCGACUACAGCGAGAGGAAGAUCUACUGGGGAGACGCCAAGACUGACGUCAUCGAGGUGAUGCAGAUGGACGGAUCGGGCCGGCGGGGGUUGGUGAAUGAUAACCUGCCGCACAUCUUCGGUUUCGCGCUGCUGGGCGACUACAUCUACUGGACGGACUGGCAGCGGCGCAGCAUCGAGCGCGUGCACAAACACAGCCUGGAGCGCGAGGUGAUCGUCGACCAGCUGCCCGACCUCAUGGGAAUCAAGGCCACAUACGUCCACCAGACCUUCGGUGAGCAGCUCUUCAUGUACUGGACAGAGUGGGGUGGACGGCCGAAGAUCGACCGCUCGGCCAUGGACGGUUCUGGACGCAUCACUCUGGUGCCGAACGUGGGCCGGGCGAACGGACUGACCAUCGACUACACCGAGCGGCGGCUGUACUGGACGGACCUGGACACCACGCUGAUCGAGUCCUCCAACAUGCUGGGUCUGGAGCGUGAGGUGAUCGCUGACGAUCUGCCGCAUCCGUUCGGACUCACGCAGUACCAGGACUACAUCUACUGGACCGACUGGAGCCAGCGCAGCAUCGAACGGGCCAACAAGACCAGCGGGCAGAACCGCACCGUCAUACAGGGCCACCUGGACUACGUCAUGGACAUCCUGGUGUUCCACUCGUCCAGACAGAGCGGCUGGAACGCCUGCGCCUCCACCAACGGCCACUGCUCGCACCUGUGUCUGGCUGUUCCUGUCAGCAGCUUCGUGUGCGGCUGCCCCGCGCAUUACUCACUCAACUACGACAACAAGACCUGCAGUGGUGAGCUCACACAUCAGAAGACAGCCAUCAACCGCAUGGUCAUCGACGAGCUGCAGAGCCCCGACAUCAUGCUGCCCAUCCACAGCCUCAGAAACGUGCGCGCCAUCGACUACGACCCGCUCGACCGCCAGCUGUACUGGAUCGACUCCAAGCAGAACGCCAUCCGCCGCGCGCAGGAGGACGGGAACCAGAGCGAGACGGUGGUGUCCGGCGCGAGCCUCGGCCUGCAGCCCUACGACCUCAGCAUCGACGUCUACAGCCGCUUCAUCUACUGGACCAGCGAAGUGACCAACGUCAUCAACGUCACGCGCAUCGACGGGUCACGGGUCGGCGUGGUGCUGCGCGGAGAACACGACAAACCCCGCGCCAUCGUGGUCAAUCCGGAGCGAGGGUACAUGUACUUCACCAAUCUGCAGGAGCGUUCUCCAAAGAUCGAGCGCGCCGCUCUGGACGGGACGGAGCGCGAGGUGCUGUUCUUCAGUAAUCUGGGCAAGCCGGUCGCUCUGGCCGUCGACAACGAGCUGGGAAAACUCUUCUGGGUCGACAUGGACCUGAGGCGCAUCGAGAGCAGCGACCUGUCCGGAGCCAAUCGCAUCGUGAUCGAGGACUCCAACAUCCUGCAGCCGGUGGGUCUGACGGUGUUUGGGAACUUCCUGUACUGGAUCGACCGGCAGCAGCAGAUGAUCGAGCGCAUCGAUAAGAUCACGCGCGAGGGACGCACCAAGAUCCAGGCGCGCAUCGCCUCUCUGAGCGACAUCCACGCCGUCCACGAGCUGCGCAUGGAGGAGUACAAUAAACACCCCUGCACGUCUGAUAACGGCGGCUGCUCGCACAUCAUGACUGUUUGUGAUGCAGGCUCUCAUAUGUCCAUCAUUAACCGCUGGCUGUUGUCGUCCUCAGAGCCGCCCACGUGUUCUCCGGAGCAGUUCUCCUGUGUGUCCGGCGAGGUGGACUGUAUCCCGCAGGCCUGGCGCUGCGACGGCUUCGCUGAGUGUGACGACAGCAGCGACGAGCGAGACUGUCCCGUCUGCUCCGAUGAGGAGUUCCAGUGCGACAGCAAGCAGUGCGUGGACUUUUCUCUGCGCUGCAACGGAGAAAUCAACUGCCAGGACCGGUCCGAUGAGAACAAAUGUGAAGUUCUCUGUCCCAUGGAUCAGUUCACCUGCGCCAAUGGCCAGUGCAUCGGGCGGCACAAGAAGUGUGACCACAACACGGACUGCACAGACAACUCGGACGAGAUCGGCUGCUACGCGACUGAAGAGCCGUCCUUUCCUCCCACGAACACCAUCGGCUCUAUCGUGGGUGUGCUGAUGCUGCUGUUCGUGGUGGGCGCUGUGUAUUUCGUGUGCCAGCGUGUGCUGUGUCCUCAGAUGAAGGACGACGGCGAGACCAUGACCAAUGACUUCGUGGUGCACGGGCCGCCGCCGGUGCCUCUGGGAUACGUGCCUCACCCCGGCUCUCUGAGCGGCUCGCUGCCAGGCAUGUCUCGUGGGAAGUCGGUCAUCGGCUCGCUGAGCAUCAUGGGAGGCAGCAGCGGUCCUCCGUAUGAUCGAGCACAUGUGACCGGAGCCUCGUCCAGCAGCUCCUCCAGCACCAAGGGUUCAUACUUCCCUCCGAUCCUGAAUCCCCCUCCGUCUCCCGCCACAGUGAGGUCGCAGUAUACGAUGGAGUUCGGUUACUCGUCGAACAGCCCGUCGACGCACCGAUCGUACAGCUACAGGCCGUACAGUUACCGUCACUUCGCCCCUCCGACGACGCCCUGCAGCACAGACGUGUGCGACAGCGACUACACGCCGGGCCGAAGGGCUCCGCACGCAUCCAGCGCCGCCGCCAAGGGCUACACCAGCGACCUGAACUACGACUCGGAGCCGCUGCCACCACCGCCCACCCCACGCAGCCAGUACCUGUCUGCAGAGGAGAACUGUGAGAGCUGCCCGCCGUCGCCCUUCACCGAGCGCAGCUACUCGCACCACCUGUACCCGCCGCCGCCCUCGCCCUGCACGGACUCAUCCUGAGCCCCGCCCACCGCCUCACAAGCCCCGCCUACCACAGUGUAAGCCCCGCCCUGCACAGACUCGUCCUGAGCCCUGCCCACUGCUGUGUAAGCCCCGCCCUGCACGGACUCAUCCUGAGCCCCGCCCACCGCCUCACAAGCCCCGCCUACCACAGUGUAAGCCCCGCCCUGCACAGACUCGUCCUGAGCCCUGCCCACUGCUGUGUAAGCCCCGCCCUGCACGGACUCAUCCUGAGCCCCGCCCACCGCCUCACAAGCCCUGCCUACCACAGCGUAAGCCCCGCCCUGCACAGACUUGUCUUGAGCCCUGCCCACAGGCUGUGUAAGCCCCGCCCUGCACGGACUCAUCCUGAGCCCCGCCCGCCGCAGAAGCGCCGC